AUGAUUGCAGCCUGAUUUUGUGCUUUUUAACCCCAAUGGAUAGCGCAUGAGAGCAGAUCAUCCCCAUUUAGAAGCUAAACGAAGCAGUGCACUCAAGCCGAUUUAUCCCCCUUCGUCUCUUUCCUUGCCGGAGAAGACACGUUUCGAUUCCUAAAGGUUCUAACUUUAACGCCACUCCUGAUCAACUGUUCCCAACAGAACCAAAACCAAAACCAAUUCUCUUGUAAAGAAACGCACAGCCUAAACCAGAACAAAAAACAUGUCUCUGAAUCCUCCUCCGCUUUCCCUUCCACCGCUCGGCCAACAAUGUCCGACGCGUCAACAGUCACGCCGUAAAAUAAACACAACGACCAUUCACAUUAUGGCUCUAGACGGCAUCGUCAACGCCAACUCGCUUUUCACCUUGGCGCUCUUCCUCGGCCUCGCGUGGUACCCCACCAGCGCUCUCGCCGCCCCGCUCGUCGGCUCCGACGAAUCUUGCGCUGCCGGGUCCGACAUCGCCGAAGAUCUCGUGGCUUACCACGUGUACUCCUUCAGCUCCUUCCUCUUCUCCAGCCUUAUCGCCCUGGCCCUCAAGCAAGCCAUCAAAAUUCGGAAACCCGGGAUCGUUGGCGACAGCGAGGAGGCGCUUUUCGUCACCAUGGGGCACCUUAACAUGGUCACGUUGAGGCUCGGGAUACUCGUUUCCGCCAUCGGGUCUGUUUUCGGGUGCGUGUUCUUAAUGAUGGCGCUGGUGGAUUUGGUUCAGAUCAAGCUGGGGGUAUUGGCUUGUGGGAGUCUGUAUACUUUCGCUGCGAUUGGGCCUCUGGUGAUUCUGGUCCCUUCGGCACUUUUCAUUUAUGUUUUUCUUGUGCUUUACGCCUUUACUCGCUAGCAGGGGCUUUCAGAUUCUCAAAUCCAAGUCUGUAUGCUUAUGAUACAUAGAAAUAAUUUGUAUAUAAAAGAUAAAUAAUGCAUGGUCUUCACUU